ACACACAUACAUAUACACACGUUUCCUUUGUGAUAACUAUUAUAAACAGUACUGGUAUCAAACGUCUUUUUUUCAUUUGUCUAUAAAAUCAGCAUUUUAACCCCCCCAAAAAUCCAGUGCACGCGGGCACGUUUACAUGCACGCACGUGCACGUUGCGGCUCCGUGUGGGAACCCUAUGUGGGCUUUCUCUGCUUAAACAUAAUCCGUGCGUGCAUGUAUAAUGAAAUCAUAGCUGACAAAUGUAAAUACUACUAAAAUUGAAUAACUUACCUAGAGACUCUUUAAGCUUGCUGCUUCUUCCAAAAGUUUCUGUCCACGCAGUUGCUGGAAAGUCCUGCUCUACUGAGCAUGUGCAAAGCCACGCGCUGCGUUUACUUCAGGAGUACAAGUUCACUUUACUCACAUGAGCUUAGUUUUAUAACCCUUUCAGGCAAAACGAGUAUCUUACUGACAUGACAUGAGUUCAAUCAACAGGAUAGUGAGAAAUAAGUAAAGUACACAAAUGUAAUUUAAGUGAGCAUAGGUAUUACCUUUUAGAGUGAAUAGUGUGAAGAAGCUGCCGUGAUGACAUAACACAAACAUAAAUGGAAUCAGUGCUAAUGUUAGGAAGCUAGAUUAUUUGUUUAGUUUGUCUGUUCUGUGCUCCUGUACAAACAUGGUGAUUGGAUGUAGGAUCCGUGACUUCACCUACAGGUUUCUGAAGAGCUGCUGUGAAGCUCAGUGUGGUAGCUCUUAUGGUCUCUGUCUUGGUUCUCCUGCCUCUGCAGGGACAGGCGUGGUCAAAGAGGCAGAUCUUGGGUGGAGCUGAGGCAGGCUGAAAGAAGCCUGGUUGCUCAAUCAAGCCAAAUGUGAUGGCAUCCACCUGUCAAUCAAAGUCUUGUAUAUAAAUUCACCCUCAGUACAGUUGUCAACAGUUUUUUGUACCAGGCUGUAAACAUGUUUAUUUCUGCUGUGAGAACGUGAAUGUGAGAACCUGCUACAAAGAGUCUCAUUAGUUAAUCACUUCCAAUCACUUCUGUUUUUUUUCAUUCUUCCUAUGCAGAUGUUUCACAAUAAUAGCAACUCCCCUUGGCUUAGCUGAGCAAACACAAACAGCACAGUGGGAGUGAUUGGAAUGUAUGUGUUUGUUCAUUCAUCAGUAUAACACGAGUCAUGCAGCUCUCUGUCUUAACCUACAUUUUCUUUCUCCUUCAUGUGCUCUCCUCUGCCAACUGGUCCCAACCUGCAUCCACCUAUCUGUUCAUCAGCUCAUAGAGAAGGUCAGCAGGACUCCAGGGCGGGGCCAGUGUUGUGCCAAUCUCCCCUCAACCACCUGGGACAGUGUAGGAAGGGCUCCACCCUCUCCUUCACCGUGGCCUUCCAAAUCCUUAAGACUGGACUCUUUGAGUUGAGCCAGCAUAUGAAACUGAAGCUGCAGUUUACAGCCUCUGUGUCUACUCCUUCCAUGGAACCACGAUCACCACUGAGGAACUCUCCAUCAUCUUCAGCCAGAGAGCUGCUGGAAAGACGCAGCCCGGGACGAUCUCAGAGCUUCUCCCACCAACACCCAACCAGGUCACACCACGUCAGGUCAGGCAGCAUGAUGGAGAACCGGACCAUCACCCCUCCUGUAGGUUCUCCAAUGGGCAGAAACCUCUACCUGCCCCCUGAGCACACCGUCAUUCCACUGGACAAAAUAGCCAAGAGAGAGUGUAAGGUGUUAGUGCUGGAACCAAUCCAAGAGGCACACAGCAGAUGACCUGCAGAGGAAGACACAAACAUCAGUGUUCAGUGAUGAGGACACAUUCAGAGAGAAACAAUGUGGUGGAGUCAACAGACCGGGAUGGAGUGAUGGCAGCUGAAUGGGGUGGAGAGGAUCUCUGAGAUGAUGACUGGAAAAACUCUCUUUGGUUUAUCAUGUUACGGUUUAUCAUUUCAUGCUCCCUCAGAUCAGAAGUUUCAAGUAUCUGAUUUUAUUUAUUUUUUAUUUGCACUUUUUUUACUUUCCUUCAAGCCUUCGUUUCAUUUCACAAAGGGCUCAUUUUGUUGCCUUCCUCUGCUCAGUUUGUUUGUUUUUUCUUGUUGUUUCUCUGCUCUUCUUGUGGGAUAAAUUCACAAAUUCCCAGUUCGCAUGCUUCUGUCAGGUCUGGGAGCACAAAUUAUAAGCUGAUAGAUCCAGUGGUUGGUUUUGUGCUUGAUAGUUACAGUCCAACAUUUUGUUAAAUACAUUUGUUUGGCUGUCAGAUAAGUCUGAAAAUCUGAAAACAUAGACUGUCAAACAGUUUCCACCCUCCACAUGACACAGCCCUCUCCUGUUUCAGUGUGACAAUUCAAUUCAAGUUUAUUUAUAGAGCACCAAAUUAUAACAAAAGUCUAUCUCAGGAUACUUUUCAUAAAAAGCAGGUCCACAUUAUAAUCUUUACCGAGACACAACAGGUUCCACCAUGAGCAAUGCCCUUGGAAGAACUUAACUGGCCUGUACAUACCUGACCUCAUCCAACCCCUUUGGGAUGAACUGGAACACAGACUGAGCCCAACCUAAGUGAGAACAAAUAUCUGCAGGUUCUGACAUCUGGCAGAAAAACUACAAAAAGUGUGGAGGUGUUCAAGGAAGACAAAACUGUCACGAUUGUUGAUUAGCAAAUAGUUCCAACAUUAACAGUUCCAUGGACAAGAUACAACAUGUUAACAGACAGCUUUGGGGUUGGUGGAUGGUACAUUUUUGUCUCUUGACAGAGCUAGGCUAGCAGUUUCCCUCUGCUUCCAGUCUUUGUGCUAAGCUAAGCUAAGCUAAAUGUGUUCUGAACUCUUUCUAUGUUGUAAUACAGUAUAGCAAUACUGUCCCAAAAUGUCAGACUACUCCUUUAAAUAAAGCGGGACAGAUGCUGCUCUGUAGGUUAUCUUACUGUUCAACGUCACAUCCUGUCACAUAUUUUAGUAUGAAUAUCUGAAGCUGUCUCUGUUCAAAUGUAAAGAUGAUUGGUGAUAGUAACAUUGAUGGAUUAAAGGUUACACAAAUCAAAUGUUUUUUUGUGGUACAAAAUGUUCUGGGUUCUCUCUGGGUGACAGCUGUGUUGCCUUACUCCUUUCUUAUAGGAAGUGGUUUGCAUUCCUGACACUUUGGAAAAAGUCUAUUAAGUCUAUUUGAAUGUGAGUGAUGCAGCCUACUACAUUAGUCUUUACACUGGCUGAUUGAUUUCAGUCUAAUUAUCUAUUUAUUUUGAAUGUUUGUUCUGUAGAGUCAAGCGUUAAACUGAUGGUUUUUGUCUUUUAUUUGACCCCUCACACACACUCCAGUGUACUAGCACUUUUUACAGUGUAGUCUCCACAUUUCAUUGUCCCAUAAUUCAAACCAGAAGUCUAGCAUAUGUUACAUACAAGCUGACAUUUACCCGCACGGGUAACAUGAGCCUCAUGUUCCUGUCGAGGAAACAUGGUCCAACUGGUCUGAGAGAUUGUUGUUGGAUUACUGCUGUUUAGAGCCAGUGCUUUGUGUUGACAUUCCAUUUCUUUUCUGUUUCUAAAAUACACAUUUAAGUAUUUUAAGGUUUACUGUGUGAGAUUCUUAACAUUGAUAUUAUAGGAACCUUUGAAGUGCCUGAUUAAUGAAAUGAUCACUUCCUCAGGUAGUGUUUAGUGAGUUCAUGAGCUGUGAAAGGCAGGUGAAUAUAUUUCAUCCAAUUUCACAGACUUAAACUCUCCAUGUCAUGUUUUCUCUAAAGUGUUCUGUUGUGGUCAGUAAAAAAACUAGCAUUAAAGCUGGGCCACACUGUCUACAUAUCUGAUUAUUUUGGGGGUAUUUCUGUCCUUUAUUGGACAGUUUAAUAGGAAGAUGGGAAACAUGGGGAGAAAGAGAAGGUAUGACAUGCCACGAUCAGUACAGUAUCUUAUGGAAAGUGUUGGAAGAGUUCAUCCUCUGGAACCAUGGAUGUGCCCUGUGAAUGUCACUGUGAUUAUUCUGCUCAUCAGAUGAUGACUUUGAUGUAUACAAGUGCAAAUGUCGGAAGAACAGUCCACAACAAAUACUGUGUAAAUCUGGACCAAGGUUUUAGUUCGAGGUAAUCUGGAGCCAAGGUAAAGGCUCAUUGAAGUUAUAGGAACCUUCCUGUGAGAA